AAGGGGGCGGUAGUGAGCCAGUGAUCCGCGAGUUAACCGCCGAAGAAGAAGAAGAACGCGGAACUAACCGAGAGCAGAACGCAAACACUUAACAUUAAUCUUUGAGAAAGUGUGUUUGAGGCCCGAACCUGCAGUGUUUAUCUGAUGUGUGUGUGAGGCUGUGUCUGGAGGAUAUGCGCAGGUGUGAUGGAAGCCAGCGAGUGUUUGGCUCCGGACGAGGACUCUCUGAUUGAAGGAGUGAGCGACCCUGUGCUUCUGGUGCUGGUGCUCAGCGGAGCCUUUCUGCUGGGUCUGGCAACGCUGCUCUGCAGGAAUGAGCAGCAGCGGAUCCACCCGGACAAUCAGGAGCAGGUGCGUGUGGUCAGAGAGCAGCUUCACUCAGAGCAGCUGUCGUCGUCGGAGCCCAGGCAUCAGUUUUACUCGGACAUGUCGUGGCCAGUGUGUCUGCAGCAGGCCGUUCUGCCCGUAGAGACCAACUGCGGUCAUCUGUUCUGCGGGCCGUGCAUCAUAGCGUACUGGCGUUACGGGACGUGGCUCGGCGCCAUCAACUGCCCCAUCUGCAGACAAACGUUUACUGUGGUUUUGUGGGUGAGUCUUUGUGUGUUUGUUGACUGUUGGUCGGGUGACGGUGAUGUUGAAACUGUUCUGAUCCUCAGAGACAUCCAGGACUACAACCGCCGCUUCUCCGGACAGCCUCGCUCCCUGCUGGACCGUCUGCUGGACGUCCCCACGCUGCUGCGGCACGCCAGAGAGAUGUUCUCCGUCGGGGGGCUCUUCUGGAUGUUCCGCAUCCGGAUCCUGCUGUGUGUGCUGGGCGCGCUGACCUACCUGGCCUCGCCGCUGGACUUCAUCCCCGAGGGCGUGGUGGGGCUGCUGGGCUUCAUGGACGACUUCUUCGUCAUCCUGCUGCUCUUCAUCUACAUCUCCAUCAUGUACCGCGAGGUGGUGACGCAGCGGCUGGCCGCGUGAGCGUCUGAUCUCUGCCGCCGCCGCUUCAUCAUCUGAAGAUUCAUCUGUUUCAUAAGAACCUCACGGUGUUCUGGGUUCAGCGCAGCGUGAAGAAGAAUCAAAGCUUGAGUUGAUAAUCCAUAAAAACCUGCUGAGAGACUUCUCUGCAAUAUUACAGAUGUGCUUAAUGUGAUAGAGCUGGAGUAAUCACACACACACACACACACACACACACUCACUCACAGACAGACACACACACACACACACGCACACACACUCACACAC